AUGUCCCACGAAUCCGUCUGGUACUCGCGCCCCCGCACCUACGGUAAAGGAUCAAUCGGCUGGUACUUAUCUCCCUCAUCCUCCCAAUCACACUGCACUUCCUCAACUCACUCACUCUGGUUUGGACGACGAGAAAUGCUAAUGAAGGAUGAUGCGUGCAGUGUUGUUACGGGCUCGAGGAAGAAAUCCGGCAUCAUCCGCAAAUACGGGCUCAACAUGAGUCGCCAGGCUUUUCGGGAGAAGGCGCAGGAUAUUGGGUUUGUCAAGUAUCGAUGA